CAGUGACAGUCGUGGAGACUGGUUUUGUGAUUGGUUUGGCGGUCUCGCGCUCAAUGCGCUGUUCUUUUCAGCACCAAAGCCCCGGCGCCUAAACGCACCAGCAGCAGCAUCCAGGAGACCGAACGGAGGUAAAACUGAGAUUCAGCACAAGGUUCAGCACGAAGCAAAGAAGAAUUUGAGGUCAAAUUUUUCCCUGUUUUCCUUCUCACUUGCGUUUACGUUCACACUUACCUUCUGUUACAACACAUGUUCUUCAAACAUGUGUGGAGCUCAAGAAAUCCCUGUCAUGACAUUGCCGUGACACAGGAUCUUCGGCUUUAGCAUCACGUAUAUAGGAACAUGGAUGGUCCUAACCACCACCACUGCCGUUUUGGUUAAAUAAAUGUGAUUUUUGGAUCCCCUAUUCCUCUUUAGUAUCAUUAUGGCAUUACAACCCAAUUGUCUGAACUACAAACAAUACCAGCUCCUUCUUCUCUUAACAACGGAGAUUUGCUGUUGGUUGUCAUCGUUCUCUCAACGACUGGAAUCUCUACCAACCGAGUAUGCCCACUCUAUCAGAAUAGAUGGAGACAUCAUCCUGGGUGGCUUAUUCCCGGUGCAUUCCCGUGGUGAACGAGGAGUGCCUUGUGGAGAGCUGAAGAAGGAAAAGGGCAUCCAUCGGCUGGAAGCCAUGCUCUUUGCUAUCGACCUCAUCAACAAGGACCCGGAGCUGCUACCUAAUGUGACCCUUGGUGCUCGCAUUCUGGACACCUGCUCCCGGGAUACCUAUGCCCUUGAGCAGUCGCUCACCUUUGUCCAAGCCCUGAUCGAGCGUGACGGUUCGGAUGUACGCUGCGCAAACGGGGACCCCCCUGUUUUUGCCAAACCUGACAAGAUUAUAGGAGUGAUCGGAGCAUCUGCAAGCUCCGUCUCCAUCAUGGUGGCCAAUAUCUUGCGCCUCUUCAAGAUUCCUCAGAUCAGCUAUGCAUCCACAGCUCCAGAGUUGAGUGACAACACCCGAUAUGACUUCUUCUCCCGUGUGGUGCCUCCAGACUCAUACCAGGCACAGGCCAUGUUGGACAUCGUCACGGCCAUGAGGUGGAACUAUGUGUCGACUCUCGCCUCAGAGGGCAACUACGGCGAGAGCGGCGUUGAGGCUUUCAUUCAGAUCUCUAGAGAGAUGGGUGGGGUUUGUAUCGCUCAGUCUCUGAAAAUCCCACGGGAACCAAAGCCGGGGGAAUUCGACAAGAUCAUCCUGCGGCUGCUGGAGACUCCCAACGCCCGGGCCAUCAUCAUAUUUGCCAACGAGGAUGACAUCAGACGAGUCCUAGAUGCUGCCAAAAGGAACAACCUGACAGGCCACUUCCUGUGGGUCGGUUCAGACAGUUGGGGCUCCAAGAUCUCACCAGUGGACCAGCAGGAGCAAGUGGCUGAGGGUGCUAUCACCAUCCUGCCAAAGCGAGCUUCAGUGGAUGCCUUCGACCGCUACUUCCGAAGCCGCUCGCUUUCCAAUAACAGAAGAAAUGUGUGGUUUGCUGAGUUUUGGGAGAUAAAUUUUAAUUGCAAGCUUGGAAUGCAUGGCAAGCGGCUAGGAAGCUCCAAAAAGUGUACAGGGCUUGAGAAGGUGGGACGUGACUCCAGCUAUGAGCAGGAGGGGAAGGUUCAGUUCGUCAUGGACGCUGUGUACGCUAUGGCCCAUGCUCUGCACAGCAUGCAUCGACACCUGUGCUCCGGUUACCCCGGCCUUUGUCCUCGCAUGAGCAACAUCAACGGCAAAGAACUGCUCGAGUACAUCCGCAAAGUCAAGUUCAACGGAAGUGCAGGGACACCGGUUACCUUCAAUCAAAAUGGCGAUGCGCCUGGGCGCUAUGACAUCUUCCAGUAUCAGAUUAGCAAGAGCUCAGCGGCAGAGUAUAAAGUGAUUGGGAGCUGGACGAACAAGCUACACCUAGAUGUAAACGCAAUGCACUGGAGGAAAGGUGACCCUACGCUUCCCGUGUCAGUGUGCAGCGUGCCAUGCCGGGUGGGCGAAAGGAAGAAGACUGUAAAGGGCGUACCGUGUUGCUGGCACUGUGAGCGGUGUGAGGGCUACAACUACCAGGCAAGCGAGUUCAGCUGUGAAAUGUGCCCAUAUGAACAGCGACCUGACCGCAACCGGACUAGCUGCCAGCCUAUUCCCAUCAUUAAGUUGGAGUGGUACUCACCCUGGGCAUCUGUGCCUGUUUUUAUUUCCGUCCUGGGCAUUAUGGCGACCAGUUUCGUCGUGGUUACGUUCAUCCGCCACAAUGACACGCCCAUAGUGCGAGCAUCGGGCCGUGAGAUGAGCUAUGUGCUAUUGACAGGCAUCUUUUUGUGCUAUGCCAUCACUUUCCUGAUGAUUGCUACACCGAGCAUUGCUGUCUGUUCCCUGCGCCGUAUAUUCCUAGGCCUGGGCAUGUGCUUCAGCCAUGCCGCCCUACUCACUAAGACCAAUCGGAUCCACCGGAUCUUUGAGCAGGGCAAGAAGUCUGUUGCGGCUCCACGCUUCAUCAGUCCAGCCUCACAGCUGGCCAUCACCUUCAGUCUAAUCUCUGUUCAGCUGUUUGGCGUGUUCGUGUGGUUUGCCAUUGACCCGCCUCACACAGUGGUAGACUACGGCGAGCAGCGCACUGCCGAUCCCGACAGGGCACGGGGGGUGCUCAAGUGCGACAUUUCAGACCUUUCGCUCAUUUGCUCAUUGGGCUACAGCAUCCUCCUGAUGGUCACAUGCACUGUUUAUGCCAUAAAGACCCGCGGGGUGCCCGAGACUUUCAAUGAGGCUAAGCCUAUUGGAUUUACAAUGUACACAACCUGUAUCAUUUGGUUAGCUUUUAUACCCAUCUUCUUCGGCACGGCACAGUCAGCGGAGAGGAUGUACAUUCAGACCACCACCCUCACCAUAUCCCUGAGCCUGAGCGCCUCGGUAUCCCUGGGGAUGCUUUACAUGCCGAAGGUCUACAUCAUCAUUUUGCAUCCAGAGCAGAACGUGCCGAAGCGCAAGCGCAGUUUCAAGGCCAUCGUCACUGCAGCCACCAUGUCAGGGAAGCUCACUCAGAAAGGAGGCGAGCGGCCCAACGGAGAGGUCAAGACGGAGCUCUGCGAAGGCAUGGAGACCACCACACUCUCGACCAAGACGACAUAUGUCAGCUAUACCAACCACGCCAUCUGAGAGGGGACCUCCGCCAUGUAGGGGUUGAAACCUCUCCAAAUCAAGACAUGUCAUGUGAUCCUGACAGGCAACUAAGCAUGAGACUAUCCUGUCAGUCUGUAUGAAACUUUAAACAUGUGAGAGAAAAGGGGACCAGUGCAUUGCACCAGUGGGGGUAUUACUGUGCAAUCAAGUGCUACCAAUACU